AUGAAAAUAGUCUUAUCAAUUCUACUUUUUCUAAUUAAUUCUUCAUUUCAAACUUGUAAUCAACGAGGAAAAUUGAAAAAUCAAGAAUUUGUUGAAACUUUGUUCAUUUUUAUUGCUCCAUCGGAUUCGAAAAAUAAUCGAUAUCAAGAUGAUGAUGUUAGUUUACUUGAAAAUAUAUAUUUUCAAAAAAAUAAUUUUGCAGAUGAAAAAAAUCAAGAUUUUAUAUGAAGAAGUGAUGUGUGCGAUUCCAGAAUAUGAGAAAUUCAAAUAUAUGACAGUCGUAAAUAUACACGAACCAAAUCCAAAUCCUCCAAAAAUCACUGUUGCAGAUCUUGGAACUUUUGAGGAAAACAAAAUAAAGCAGAAAUUUGAGCUGGAAAAAGAUUGGAACUCUGCGCGGAAAAAAAUAAGUUCAAGUUAUUGUGAGUUUGUUGAAAUUUUCUCUUUUUGAAUCAUGUUUUUUUCAGCACCGGAAGAUAAUUGCGAUGGUUUCAUAUUAACUCUCUGGAAUAUUAUGAAAUUGAAGUCUGAUUAUACCCGCAUCGAAGUUGUUUAUAAUGUUCCCAAAUUUGGUUCGAAUUCAGGUUGUGCAUAUUUUUAUAUAGUUAGAUACAUGCGAAUGAAUGGACAUGUAAAUUUUAUUCGAUAUGAUUCCAUCGAAUAUUUUGGAUACAAUUCCUUGAAUUUGCCAGAUAUUUCAUUGAAUAUUCAAGAAGUCAAAAAAUUGGCAAGAAAUUUGUGAGUAAUCCUAGAUUUUGUGCAAUUUCCAUUAUUUUUUUGAUUUUCAGGGUUGAUUCAAUUCUUGAAAUCAAAUCUGAAUCUGUUAAUCAAAAAAAUUGCUGUGAUUAUUCAUGGAAAAUAUUUGGAUUUAUUAUAAUUGGAACUAUAAUUGGCUUGAUUUCUGGAAUUGGUUUGGCUGUUGCAAUUGCUUGUAUUAUCAAGAAGGUUUCGAAAAAGAAAAUCUGAAGGAAAAUCGAAAUCAGUGGAAAGUGCUGAAAACCUUGGGAUUCUGAAACCUGUUGAGAUUUCAAAGAUUCCGACAAAACAAACUGAAGUUAAUACGGGAACAGAAAGUGGAUCGAGAUCAGUGGGAACUGCUGGAAAAUCAGGAAAUCUGAAAAAACUAAUAGAAAUUUCCAAACCUGCUAAGAAAGAUGAGAAUUCAAAGAUUUCGACAAAACAAACGCUCAAUACGGAAACAGAAGGUAGAACUACAAAUGCAUCAGUUUCGAAUCAAGCAUCAACAAUCAGAAGCACAAGUAAAUCUAACAUUCAUUCUCAAAAACAACCAAAUAUCGAAGGAAAACGAAAGAAAUCUGAUUUCGAAGAAGACACCAUAUAA